GGUAUCGGGGAGAGUGGAUGUCAUGGACUAGAUUGGAACGUGCCUCCCAGUAUGCCCCCCCCCCCUUGCCCUGUAUGUUGGUAUCUCCCAAUCGGCGGCUGCCCGGUGGAACCUGGGGAGUCUCAUCCGCCAAGGAAAUAUAGAACAGUUUGAAACAAAAAUUGGUAGCUCCAAAACAUCUGCAAAGCAGGAGGCAGUAAUAAUACAAACCUGAGACUGAACUGGAAAAAGAAAAAAAGGAAUUACUCUGUGGCCUACAAUGACAUUUGCAGAAAUCAGUGAGAAGAUCUUCUGAUAAUCUACAACUUAAUUAUAGAAAAGGGCUGUGCUGCCCAGUGGGCAGCAGCCUUGCCUGACCCGGAAGAAUGAGAAGGAAUGUACCCAUUUAUCUUGUGGCACUUUCUGUGGUCGCAGUAAUGGGGUAUCCCUCUAAAGGGGCUGCUAUGGAUUUGGAUGCCACGCCUCGGAUGACAGUUGUCUAUAACGAUUUGACUUCUGCGAGGCAUUUUAGCAGUAAUGCUCAGAAUUAUACCACCCUCUUACUAGAAGACGAGAAAGGAAUUCUUUAUGUAGGAGCCAGAGGGGCUAUAUUUUCCUUAAAUUCCACCAACAUUGCUGAUGGCUCCCAUCAUAUAAUAGAUUGGAAGGUCUCUCCUGAGAGGCGGGCAGAAUGCUUGAAAAAAGGCAAAAACAACAAGACAGAAUGUUACAACCAUGUCAGGCUUUUGCAGCGACUAAAUGCAACGCAUCUGUAUGCCUGCGGCACAUUUGCCUUUCACCCACUCUGCACCUACAUUGAUACCAACAAGUUCACACUGCCUACUCACUUUGAGGAAGGGAAGGAAAAAUGCCCAUAUGACCCUGCCCAUGGCUACACAGGGCUCAUUGUAGAUGGCAGUUUGUAUACAGCGACACGUUAUGAAUUCCGCAGCCUACCAGACAUUAGACGCAACCGGCAGCAGCGGAUUCUGAAAACUGAAGAAUCCCCCCUACACUGGCUAAAUGCAGAUGCUGACUUUGUGGCCUCGGUGCUGGUCAGGGAGAGCAUGGGGAGCUACCUGGGGGAUGAUGAUAAGAUCUACUACUUCUUCACAGAGCGAGCUGGAGAGGAGAGUGCCUCGAUAUUUGACAAGACACAAGUGCCCAGGGUAGCAAGGGUGGCUCGAGUGUGUAAGAAUGAUAUUGGUGGUAAGAAGAUUCUCCAGAGAAAAUGGACGUCCUUCAUGAAAGCAAGGCUGGCCUGCUACAUUCCCUACUAUGAGAUCCUCAAGGAUGUUUACAGCUUGAAUAAUGGUGACUGGAGAAGCACUGUCUUCUAUGCAGCAUUCAGCUUAUCAGCACAAUGGAGGAGCAUGGAGGUGUCUGCUAUAUGCCGAUACAACAUCUCUGAGGUACGGACAGCUUUCCAAGGGACAUACAUGGAAUACCAGGACUCCUCCCGCAAAUGGUCCCAAUACAACGGGGAAGUGCCAGCACCCAGACCAGGAGCAUGUAUUAACAAUCGUGCUCGCAAGGCUGGCUACAACACCUCCCAGGACUUGCCCAACAGCGUGCUGGAUUUUAUCAAACUUCAUCCACUCAUGUAUGAAGAAGUGAAACCUGUAGAUGGGGCUCCUCUGUUGGUGAAGAAAAAUGUGAUCUACACUCAGGUUGCAGUAGACAGAGUCCGGGCCCUUGAUGGGAAGGUGUAUGACAUGCUCUUCCUGGGAACAGGUAACGGCAGGAUACAUAAGGCUGUAGUCCUUGGUUCCAAAGUCCACAUCAUAGAGGAUAUCCAGGUCUCCAGAGUUCCCCAGCCUGUGGAGACCCUCAUCAUUUCAAAAAAGCAGCGGAGUCUGUACAUAGGAACCCGGAGUGGAGUCCUGCAGUUGCCAUUGUCUAACUGCAGAAGAUAUAUUUCCUGCUUCGAUUGUAUCUUGGCCCGGGAUCCUUACUGUGGCUGGGAUGGCGAGAAGUGCCGAGAACUAGCUGAAACGCCGGAAAGGUCCAGGAUGAUCCAGGAUGUGCUGCGUGGCAACAUGGGCUGCUUGAAUAACUCUUCCCAGGCCACACCUGUGCAGAAGAACCGGACAGUGCUGCGUGGAGAUGAUGUGCUUCUGCCUUGCGAGCAGACGUCCAACCUGGCACGGGCAAUGUGGCUGGUGAAUGGCACAGAAGUGCUGACUGAGGAUGGGCAGGGCCACUUUCGCAUGGGGGUGGAUGGUCUGCUGCUGACAGGCACACAGCUUGAGUUCAGCGGGGAGUACCAAUGCUAUGCUGAGGAGAAUGGGCUCCAGGCCUUAGUGGCUUCUUAUGUCCUCUCUGUGCUGCCUGAGCAGCUAGUACCACAGCUGUCCCCCACGAUGCCCCAGCAAUCCUGGUAUUCACCCAGCUCUGCUAAUGGGGACGGAAAAUUUAUCUACAUUGCAGUCAUCACAGUGCUGGGGGGCUUGUGCUUUGUGUUGAGUGUAGUGCUCCUCUACGUUUCCUGCCUGCAGAAGCGAAAAGGUAAAUACAGUCUCGGUGUCCCCCAGGCCUCCAGCGUGGAGCUGCAGACUGUCUCUUCUAACUGCAUGGGCAAAGGCAGCCCGGAGGAGGAAGAGGAGGAUGACCUGGGCAUCUUUCCUGAUGGCUGCCUCCAGAUCAUCCCUGGGGAAGCCACUACGCUGUCUUCGCCGUCCAAGGAGGCACCCCCCGCGCCACCCCCGCCCCCUCCUCCACUGCCUGCUGAAUUCACCAACGGCAUCCCUACCUUGCCCAACAUGCUGCGUAAGAUGAACGGCAACAGCUACAUGCUCCUGAGGCAGAACGAGGAGCCGUGCACUUCACCGCUCUACAACUCCUUUACCGAGGAGCUGAGCAAGAUCCUGGAGAAGCGGAAACACACACAGCUGGUAGAAAAGCUGGAUGAGAGCUCUGUGUAGGGGAGGGUCCCAGGGAGCCCACUUUGAUGAACUGACCCUUCAAAGCCCUCUGUGAUUCCCGCUCCCCCUUCCAAAAGAACCAGUGUUACGACUCAGCAACUACCUCCGGAGCGGCCCUCCGGAGCCGCCACAGACUCCGCUCUCAUUUUGUUCUGUUUUGUUUUUGGUUGUUGUCUUUUUGUUGCCGUUGAUUGUUUUGUUUUCCAAUUGCUGUACAAAGAAAGAAAGAAAUCUAUUUAAAUGGGAAUUAUAUUUAUAUAUAAAACAAUAAUCGAUAAACAGGAGCCACAGCGAUCUGUUGGGUUUGUUGGGAGGACUCUACCGUGCCUCUUGGAGCAUGCCUGAAUGCAAAAUUGGUUUGGAUGGAGAAUCAAACUGGGUGGCGGGGGAGAGAGAGUUCUGUCGACAGGUUUUCCAGCAAUGAGGGAGAAGAUGCUUGGCUGAGAUUUCAUGAGGAAGGUAGCAGACUUAUUUAUAAGGCCCAGAUUACCACCUUCUCUAAAUCAGUUCUUAUUAUUAGAUCAUGUUUCGAAUAUAUUUAUAUCAGAAGUGAACAAGUGUGGCUCUCCAAAUGCUGAAUGUCAAUUCCCAUAAUUCCUUAUCAUUGACUGUGCUUCUCAUUGCUUCUGGGAACUGUAGGAUCUAAUGUCCAUGAAUAACGUCUAGAAAUGUAAGUGCAGCUUACAGGUCAUAGGCUUUUGAUUUACACCAUUCUGGUGAAAAACAAGAGAGGGGAUUCAAGAGCUCAGAAUUACCAGCCUUUCUUGGUGUGUGUGAAGCCCAAGGAAACAGUGCCCAUGCCAGAAUUUGAGUUAUGAUCUAAGCAAGGGAACAUGUGACCCUCCAGAUGUUGGGACCCAGCUACUAUGAUUUCUCACCUCUGAGGGCUCGAUGGGAGCUGCAGUGCAAUAGUUUUGUUGAGAGUGAUGUGUUUGAUCUGCUUUUUCUAGACCUCCUACAAGGAUUGUAGCAAAACACUGUUUGAAGGUCUUCAGAAGUUUUUUUUUUCCAAGCCUUAUCUUUUCUGGUGUCUAAGAACCGUUUUGCUGUUCGCCUCUUUAUGAAUUGUCAUCAUUUCUCACAAUUGGAUUGCGAUUCCCUUGUUUCACUGGAGGAAAGAGUUGAAACUGACAUCUUUCAAAGUUCAAAGGCACAGCUAUGGAUUGGUAAGAGAAAUAUCUGUGAGAGGGCUCAGAAGUUCCCUAGGACACUGCUUCUUAAACUAUGGGCCUAGACUUCAAGUCUGGUCAAAGAAAAUGGGAAAUGCAAAAAAAUUGGUAAUGGUAAAAUACCUAGUGAUUGUUUUAGACAUUUACACAAAUCUGUCAGCAACGAUGUGCAGUGUUUACAGUGGAUUCUGUAGAAAAUGCUUCAGAUGUUCUUGUUGAGCAAGCGUUGUAAAUACUGAUUUAUUAUCAGUAAAUGUUUGAUUUUAUAUCUAUUUUAUAUACUUAUAUACCUCGGUCCACGUAGAAUUUCUCAAAUGGGAAGUGGUUGUGAGUGGAAAAAGUUUAAGAAGCCCUGCCCUAGGGCAUCUUUUGGCUGCAGUUACCCCCAUUCCUUGUUAACAUAGCUAAUGAAUGAUGGGAGAUGCAGUCCAACAUCUGGAUAAGGUCCACAUGUUCUCCACCCUUGCCCUGAAACAGCAAUAUGGAACCUUUUCACCCUAAGGGCCUAAGUUAAUUUCAGAGAACUUCUCAGGACUUUGUUCUACUGGUGGUUGGGUCCAAAAGCAACAUGAUGGGACCAAUAAUACCAGCAUAUUUUUAAUAAUAAAGGAACAACUAAGGCUUGGGCGAGGCAUUUCAACUUUUUAAAUUGGACAGGGGGAAGCCACACAAAAACUGGAAAGCCACUGACAAUGGUGUGAUGUAGAAAGGAGAAACUGUGAGGGUUGGAUUCAGCAUUGGAGCCUGAGGUUCUUCUCUGCUCCCCGGUGCCCUAUCCAAAAUGCCAGAAACAUAUAGUUAUGUGUCCAUAUAGCUGAACAUCAGUCUUCAUUGUUCAGAGUUACUAGUGCAUAAGAAAUGCUAGGUCUGUAAUGAGAAAGCAGCAAGUUGAAGACAGAGAUCCUAAUGUGAUAUGGGCCAGUUAUAACCUGGUAUAAAAGUCCCUCCGAAUUUAAUUCAUCAGCAAUAUGGGCACUAAUAAUGCUAAUCCGCCUUACGGUGUUAUAAGGUUUUCUGAGAUAAUCUGUGUUGAGCGCUUAAGAAAGGUGCAAUAUAAAUACUAACUUAUUGUCAA